ACCAACAUAACAACGCAGCAAAACACUUUGACAGCCGCAAGAAAAUAUAAAGAAAUUUGAUCGCGUUGAACUUUGAAGCCGUGAAAUAAAUUAAAAUGACAGUCCAACAGCUCAACUCUAAUAUUUCUGACGACUCUGAUGAUAUGGUUAGUUUACCAUCUGAGGAGGAGAUUUAUAGGCGAAAAUAUCAGUUGUUAUUGGAACGAUGUGAAGUAUUGCAACAGGAUAACGAAAGAAUCAUAAAUAGAAUACACGAGGUGAAGAGGAUAUCCAAACGAUAUCGUAAAGAUAUCAGGUUACUGGCAGCUCGAUUGGACAGACAUGGUGAUCCUUUCCGAACAGUCGCUCUGGAGAUAGAAACGAAGUCUGAUGUGAAUACCAGGCCAAGCCGCCCUAGUGUUAAGACACAGCCAGUUAAACAGGAAAAACAAAAUGCUACCACAAAAAAAGCUGCCUCAAAGAGAAAGAGUAAAGCUGACAAGCCUGAAAAGGACCCCAAUGCACCCAAGAAGCCAUGUAAUGCAUUUUUCCAAUUCUGCCAAGAGCAAAGGCCAUUGGUAGUAGCAGAGUCAAAUUCAGACACAGGUGCCGAACCAUCUAAGCAGGAAGUCACAAGGCAGUUAGCUUCAAGAUGGAGGGCACUAAGCAGUGAUGAGAAGAGGGUAUAUGUGGCUAUGUUUGAGAGAUCAAAGGAGAAAUAUGUAGAGCAGAUGUCAGCAUACAUUAAAAAGGAGCAAUGACAGUCAUCAGACAACACUAGCUCUUAAGUUCUCUUGUGAUAGUCAGCUUUAAAAUUAGGAUACUGUUCAAACUAAUUAUAAGUAUUUUUAUUGA